AUGAAGAUCCUUUACCUGCUCUUUUCUCUCCUCUUCUUGGCACUCCAGGUUUCUCCAGGUUUGUCUUCACCCCGGAGGGACAUGUUUUUCUGCAGAAAAGGGUCCUGUCACUUUGGAAGGUGUCCCAUUCAUCUGGUUAAAGUCGGAAGCUGCUUUGGGUUCCGCUCCUGCUGCAAAGC